CUUCAACUGUUGAAUUAUAACAAUGAAUAUUGCUCUUCAUUGUUUUAGUCUUAUCAAAUAUUUGGAAAAUCAAUCCUCUAAUGUUGAAAUUACGGCAUGGAUAAUUAUCUCAGGAAACUUUUAUUAUUAUUUUUGCAUAAGUUAGUUUUUAUUUAUACAAUUUAUGCAGAAAUUUGUUGGUGCUGAUUAGUUUUCUUUUCUUAUAAACUAUUUCAUCCUUCUAAUUGAUUGAACUCCAGUUGCAACCUAGUGAGGGGAAGGUUUACUUCUAUACAUAGUUUUGUGAGAUCUCUAACAAAUUUCACUUACUUUUAUAAUUAAGUUUGAUGAGUUUGUUGUAUGAAGGAUUUGAGUAGUUGGUGGUGGUAGAUAGAUGAGCAAUUCUACUCUUUUAUAUUAUAUAUAGUCUCAUUAUGGAUUAACUAUUGAUUUUAUAAGAAUGCCCCUUUUCUGCAGCAGAUUUUCCAUGGACUCAAUCAGAAAGAUAUCUUUUACAUCUACAAAUCUUAUAUGAGAGUUACUAUGGUAGCCACAGAAAUCUAAGGGCUUUUGUAAAAUUGUUUUUUAGGCCAGUAUCUUAAUGAGUUUAGACACACUAAUGGUGAGGGAGGAAAAGAGAGUUUUUCAAUAAUGGGAGAUGUUCAAAACGUUAAGUUCUGUCAGUGGUGUGGUGGUCCAACGAAGCCUGGAAUACCUGAAGGAGAAGAAAGAUUCAGAGCCAUAUGUACCAGCUGUGGGAAGAUUGCAUAUCAGAAUCCAAAAAUGGUAGUCGGUUGCCUCAUUGAACACGAUAACAAGGUCCUCCUUUGCAAGAGGAAUAUUGAACCAUCUUAUGGCCUAUGGACACUUCCUGCUGGUUAUCUAGAAAUGGGAGAGUCAGCUAGGGAAGGUGCCAUCAGGGAAACAAGGGAAGAAGCCAAUGCUGAGGUGGAAGUGAUUUCCCCCUUUGCUCAAUUAGACAUUCCUUUAAUUGGCCAGACUUAUAUAAUCUUCUUAGCAAGGUUGAAGAACCCCCAUUUUUCACCUGGUCCAGAAUCAUCAGAAUGCCAACUUUUCCCUCUCCAUGAAAUACCUUUCAACUCUCUAUCCUUUUCAUCAAUGGUGGUCACUUUAAGUUUGUAUGUUGAAGAUAAGAAGGAAGGAGGAAAGCCUAAAUUCCAUUAUGGUACUAUUAGCAAAAGGCCUGGUACCAGUGCUUCUGACAUUCAUGCCUAUACACUGGAUCAUCAUAUGCAGUCAUGAUCAAUUACGAGCUGCUCACAGCAAUUCAAAUAUAUGAAGAUUGUAGAGAUUCAGGAACUCCUCUUUCAUUAUUACAUCCAGAUUUUUAAAUCAGCAGUAGUGGAAUGGCAUUUAAUAUGAAAAAUUCAAAUUCAUGAAACUGUUGCAAGAUUGAUGAUUACCUGCAAUCCCUGCUAUUAUGUUCAAAUUCUUGUUAAUUCUCAAAAUAUCAUAUUUUUUUUCAUCA